CCUCUCUAUUCUGAAAGGCCCAUUGCUGCUCGCUCUCAUAUUUAACCACGUCAUCUUUCUUACACUUCAAGAGCUCUCACUCCGUCAUGGAUUCCUACAAAUUGGCUGGGCUCAUUGAACGCGCAUGAUGUGGCGCAAGCGCAAAGCCGCUUCACCCGCAUCUUCAGACCCUGCAGAUAACUCCAGAAAGAAAAGGUGGAAAGAAGUCUAUGUCAUUUCGUCAAGUGACGACGAGAACGACGAGAACGACGACAGCAGAUCUAACUUAGACGAAGACGAAUGGUACAUCAACUGCAUCCUUGACGAAUCCGAAUCACAAUACCUUAUUGACUGGGAGGGCCCCUGGUCGCCGACGUGGGAACCCAAGGAAAACGCCAACGAAGCCGCGAUAAAAGUGUGGGAAGAAAAGAAGAAGGAGACGAACAACAGCCUGUCCAGGAUCCAUCCCGAUAAUUCAUCGCCAAUUCGUUUAACUAACUCGCGCUGCGAAAGUCGAAGCUCACUGAGUCCCGGCCCUACCAUCGCGGAAAGCCGAGUUGAGCCGCCGCGAGCUCACGACCGUUCGCCCUCUCCAUUAUUCGUACCGAUCGACGAAGGACCGCAUCCAGAGGAGAAUACUAGCCAAGCGCUAACGCAACCCGAUCAGGCGCCGGCCUUCUCCCAGGAAUUGAAAGGGCCCCGACCAGGUGCCUCUAAAGGAAUCAAGCACAGACCUCCUUUGUCAGUCACCACACCAAACCAUUCUGGGUGUGUGUUCGAGUACAUUACUGGAUCCUCGAUACCGUCCAGAUAUAGACUUCCUGGCGAAAUCGCGGAGCCGAAUUCUCCUGUUGAAUCUAAGGUGGCUUCGAGUAUUAUUCGUGCUACCCAGACUCCCUCUCAAGCAAUAGUUGGCAACCGAAACAGACCAGGGGAAGAGGUAGCGGAGACGCCACCCUGCGUGACAAAUAUUCCGAAAAGCCAGGGUACACGCGUCAUCUCGGGUACAAGAAGUUCGGGCUCUCAGUUGUUAUCAGGUACUUCCUGGUCACCAGAUUGUUGAUAUCGCACUUCUCAUUAUUCUAUACCAAGCUAACAUCU